AUGAGGCGAACACUGGGAUGCCUUCAAAGUACCGGUGUUCGAAUUGUUGCUAGUGAGGAUCGUGUUGAUCUUGAGUACGCAGACGACAUCGCCUUCAUCUUUGAAGACCAAGCACAAUCCCUGUUGAAUAGACUGACAACCAUCAUACCAUCUUUUGGCAUGCGCCUUGCACCUUCAAUGUGCAAAGUCCUGCUUCCGAACGCGCAGUACCUGAGCAUAUCCUUUACAAUUAAAGGGGGAAUCAUUGGAGAUAGCGGAAAAUUUUACCUACCUCGAUCAACUGGUUAUAUUGCAUAG